AUUGUUUCGCUACAAUGGCGGCAGAUGGAAUAAUGUAUUUGGUUUCUCUACUUUGCACAUUUAAUAAUCUAUAAAUGGAAAAAAAGAAAUUCAACAUUAAUUUGGACGACUCAGCAUUCACCAAGGAAAGAAGUCCGGUGGCGCCUUUGUUCAAGGCCAAAGAUGGCCAGCUAGAGGCCUCAUUAGCUCCUCCAGCUCCGGGCCAACCACUGUCCUAUGCUGACUUCAUCGUUCAGACCAAAAGCAGGGUGAUUCAGGGAGCAACCCACGGAUCAGAGAAACAAACAUCUGCUGUCCAAAGUAUAAAUGAUGCUACAGGGCAAAUUAUUGUUAACACAGUUGAAAUCGGGUCAGUUAGUAAGUCAUCUAUAGACUCAGAGAAGCCUGUAUCAGAGAAGCAGGGACCAUCAGAGGCACCAACAAAAGAGGACGAGCAGUGUUCGGAGAUUUGUGUCAUUGCUCCUUAUCUUUUAGGAUCAGGAAACAGUAUUAUUGUCAGUCCUCGACAGAGAGGCAACCCCAUCCUAAAGUUUGUGAGAAAUGUUCCUUGGGAAUUUGGAGAAGUGGUGCCAGACUUUGUUUUGGGGCGGACAACAUGUGCUCUCUUUCUCAGUGUGCGUUACCAUAAUCUGAACCCAAACUACAUCCAUGAACGUCUGAAACAGCUGGGACAGAGUUUUAUCCUCCGAGUGUUGCUCGUGCAAGUUGACGUGAAAGACCCUCAUCAUGCACUGAAAGAUCUUGCUCGAAUGUGCAUCAUGGCAGACUGUACCCUCAUACUGGCCUGGAGCCCUGAAGAAGCUGGUCGUUACCUUGAGACAUAUAAAUCCUAUGAGAAGAAACCUGCAGAUCUCCUGAAAGAACAAGUGGAGAAAAAUUACCUAUCCCAGGUUACAGAUAGUUUAACUACAGUGAAGUCAGUCAAUAAGACAGAUGCCAUGACUCUCCUGUCUACUUUUUCUUCUCUGGAGGGUAUCAUUAACGCUUCUAGGGAGGAGCUUGUUUUAUGCCCAGGACUAGGCCCACAGAAGGCAAGAAGGCUUUAUGAUGUUCUGCACCAGCCCUUCAUAAAGACCAAGAAGAAGGAAAGCGGAUAAAGCCAAGCUGCAUUUAAAGAAGUCAUCGAUUGUUUUAGAACAGAGGCACUAGUGUAAGGUCUAUAGCCACAAUAGCACAUGGUCCUCUGGAAGCAUCAAUUGAGCAUUUGGUUUAUGAUGGUCUCUGCCUGUAAGUAGGGCAGCAACAGCCUUUUAAUAUCCAGCUUGCAGUGAUAUUAUUUUAGUAUUGUGGUUUCUAGGACUUUUUGCUAUUUUAAGUGUGAUCUGACCAAGCAGGAUGUUUUUCAUAAAAUGCCAGAGCACAAUUGUUUAUGUUUAUGAAAUCUGUGUUCGUUAUAAAUACAAUAAAUAUGUACAAUAUU